AUGUCUAAUGAUUUCUUAAAAUUUUUCAACGAGAUUGACUCUUCAUUCGAAGAAGAAGCUGCAAGAAAAGAUGAAAUAUUUAAAGUGGUGAAAGAGUAUGAUAAAACUUGUCGCCAUAUCAAUGCAAUUUUAAAUACUGCUCAUUCCGCUAAACCUGAAGAAAUUGCAAGUAUUGGACAAAAAGCAAUUGAUAAUUUUGGAGAAGUGAAAAACCAUUUAGAAAAGACUCUUCAGACAUCUUUAUUUCUUGCUGCAUUUGCAAUUUAUUUAUCAACUGAUAAAUUAAUCACUAUUGAUUUAGUAGAAGAUUUAUUUAAUGUCAAGAUAAAUAUUGGAAAUGAUAUUCAAGAUUUUCAUAUACCAAUUGAAGAUUUUCUUUACGGUUACAUCAAUUUGACUAAUGAAUUGUCAAGGUUAGCAGUUAAUUCAGUCACAGUUGGUGAUUAUGAUAGACCAAUUAGAAUAUCUAAAUUCGUUAAAGAAUUAUAUACUGGCUUCCAAUUAUUGAAUUUAAAAAAUGAUAAUCUAAGAAAAAGAUUUGACGGAAUAAAGACAUCUUUAUUUCUUGCUGCAUUUGCAAUUUAUUUAUCAACUGAUAAAUUAAUCACUAUUGAUUUAGUAGAAGAUUUAUUUAAUGUCAAGAUAAAUAUUGGAAAUGAUAUUCAAGAUUUUCAUAUACCAAUUGAAGAUUUUCUUUACGGUUACAUCAAUUUGACUAAUGAAUUGUCAAGGUUAGCAGUUAAUUCAGUCACAGUUGGUGAUUAUGAUAGACCAAUUAGAAUAUCUAAAUUCGUUAAAGAAUUAUAUACUGGCUUCCAAUUAUUGAAUUUAAAAAAUGAUAAUCUAAGAAAAAGAUUUGACGGAAUAAAGUACAAUAUUAAAAAAAUUGAAGAAGUAUCAACAACUUCAGCUUUAACCUCAAAAACUUGA